AUGAUUAGCGUUUAUAAAUUGUCUGACUUUUUUGUUACUUUUAUUCAUAUGUCCGGUUCUUUUUUUCUUUGUGAUUCAUUCAUCAUUCUUUCUUUCAUUCGUUCUUUCUUUCUUUCUUUUUUCAUUCUUUCUGUCUUUGUUAUUCCUUCAUCUUUCUUUCUUUCUUUGAGAUUCAUUCAUCUUUCUUUCAUUCGUCCUUUCUUUCUUUCUUUCUUUCUUUCUUUCUUUGUUAUUCAUUCAUUUAUUCAUCUUUCUUUCUUUCUUUCUUUUUUUGAGAUUCAUUCAUCUUUCUUUCUUUCGUUUGUCACACUUUCUCUCUUUCUUUGUGAUUCAUUCAUCUUUCUUUUUUUGAUUCAUCUUUCUUUCUUUCUUUCUUUCUUUCUUUCUUUCUUUCUUUCUUUCUUGUUGUUUUUGUUCAUACGCUGGGCAUCUUGCACUCUUUCUGUCAACUCUGUUUCUCUCUUACUCUCUCUCUCUCUUGCUCGCUCUUUCACUCUUUUGAUUAAUUUCUGUACCACUUCUUUUCUUUUCUACUGCCUCUUCACGUACAAUCUCUCUUUCUCUCACACAAUUUUUAAUGCCACCCUUUCUAUUACUUUCACUCUGUUUUUUUUUCUUUCAUUCUCUCUAUCACUUUAUCUCACCCCACUUCUCCUUUCUUAUCAUUUUCCCUCUCACUCCUUUAACUUAAUUUCUUUUUUUUUUUUACAUUUUCGCCCCUCUCUCACGUAUUAUAAUCUUUCACGUUCUGUCUCUUGUUCGCUCACUCUUCCCCCCUAUUUCUGUCACCCUCUCUUAUUCCAUUUCUCUCUCUCUCCCCCCUCUCUCUUAUAUUGUCACAUUUUCUCUCAAUUUCUCUCACUCCUUUCUUCUCUUUCUUUCUUUCUUUCUUUUUUCUUUCUUUCUUUCUUAUAUUAUUUUCUCUUUCUUUCUUUCUUUCUUUUUUUUUUCUUUCUUUCUUUCUUUCUUUCUUUUUCUGAGAUUAUUUUGCUGAUUCCUUUCUUUCUUAUAUUAUUUUCUUUUCUUUCUUUCUUUCUUUCUUUCUUUCUUUCUUUCUUUCUUUCUUUCUUUCUUUCUUUUACUCGCUGA